AUGGGACCCUUCAAAGGCCAGCGGGAGAAAGUGGUCGCGGCAGCGUUUAACAUGCAGCGGGGUCCCGACCUACCAGACCGCUUGCUGGCGUCGUUGCCGUACCUCCUGCCCCUCCUGGACACGUUGCCAUAUGGCAGGUUCAUCUUCCUGCAGUACCCCUAUGUGGCGCGCGCCCUGGCCCCCCUGGCCCCCCUCAACGCCUUGUACCACCUGUUCCCCUUCUUCCCCUUCAUCGUGUUCCUCGGGGUGUAUGGCGGCAUCGUCAACAACACCAGCCUGAGCCGCUACAUCCGCUACAACGCUGCGCAGGCGGUGCUGCUGGACAUCUUGCUCAUCAUCCCCCAGGUGCUGCUGGACGCGUUUGGCCGGCCCCAGGGCGACGGCAUUUUGAUGCAGCUCUACAUCAGCGCCGCCAACACCCUGUUCCUCUUUGUGGCCAUAUCCACUGCCUACGGCAUGGGCUCGUGCGCCGUGGGUCAGACGCCGCGGCUGCCGUUGGUGGCGGAUGCGGCCGACACUCAGAUGCGCGACGGCGGCUCGGGCUGGUGA